GGGAGAGCUUUGACGCAGGGCUCGCUAACCAUCAGCUGUUUGCAGUUCAUCAGGUAGCAGAGCGCGUGGAGGCCCUGGGCCAGUUUGUGAUGAAGACCAGGAGGACCCUGAAGGGCCAUGGAAACAAAGUUCUCUGUAUGGACUGGUGCAAAGACAAGAGAAGAAUUGUGAGCUCUUCCCAGGAUGGGAAGGUGAUCGUGUGGGAUUCCUUCACUACCAACAAGGAACAUGCAGUGACGAUGCCGUGUACCUGGGUGAUGGCGUGUGCAUAUGCCCCCUCUGGAUGUGCCAUUGCUUGUGGUGGCCUGGACAACAAGUGUUCUGUGUAUCCUCUGACAUUUGACAAAAAUGAAAAUAUGGCUGCAAAGAAGAAAUCGGUUGCAAUGCACACAAACUACUUGUCUGCCUGCAGCUUCACUAACUCAGACAUGCAGAUCCUGACAGCAAGUGGAGAUGGAACUUGUGCUCUGUGGGAUGUGGAGAGCGGGCAGCUUCUACAGAGUUUCCAUGGUCAUGGAGCUGAUGUCCUAUGCCUGGAUCUGGCCCCUUCUGAAACAGGAAAUACUUUUGUCUCUGGGGGAUGUGACAAAAAAGCCAUGGUUUGGGAUAUGCGGACUGGUCAGUGCAUCCAGUCAUUUGAAACCCAUGAUUCAGAUAUCAACAGUGUCAGAUACUACCCAAGUGGGGAUGCUUUUGCCUCUGGUUCAGAUGAUGCCACG